GACCAAGGCAAACGAGCAUUGGCAAAUGUGCAGCCUGGCCAGAAUUAGGUUCCUGCCGGAUCACUGUGAUUCUCAAUCGCCAAUCAUUACAAGCUAGAUAUACGGCACCUGCAGUAGGGUGUCAUUGCAGAGGAUCUUUAGCAUAAUUUUCGGAACAAGACCAAUAGAUUUCCGUGAUAUGUCUCAGAUAUUUCAUUGGAAGUGCACUAUUGCCGUGAAGAGCUGAGCUGAAAUUUUAGUCUUCUGGUUUCUCCACUUUUACGGUCCCCGAUUGAGUUUAUAAACGGAGCUCAGGUGCCGAUAUCGAUUUUUUAUUUGUCUGGACAUUGUUCUUGCAAUUGCAUUUCGUCGUCUCAAGUACGCUUCAAGAUGCUGUUCGCAGUAGCCUUCCUCUUCUUGAGAGCUGUCGGCGCCAACCCAGUUAUACCGAGGGACGAUGGUAGUUCUACUCCCACUCCCACUCCCACUCCGACUACGUCAAGCAGUAUACGCCCAUCCGGGCCAUCCGAUUCAUGUGGUACUUCAUCAACAAGUAGCCAGUGGUUAAGCGUAUGCGAUACCACUAUAUUCUGGCCAACAUCGACCAACUACUAUUACGGUCCAACUACCGGCCCCGAGGCAUCCGCAGUCUCCUGCAACGCCGAAUGGGUCGAAUACGACGGACGCGCCAGUGGCCUGGAAUCUCUCGGCGCCACUUCCACUUCCACCAUCUACAGCACCUAUACCACCAGCACGGGCGCCUGCAACACUCAAAUCUGGGGUGAAGGCUGGGAUGAUCCCCAUUCAGGCCCAGUCACCACUCUAUGUGACGGGAUCCCCCGCGCGCUCGGUCCUCGAGAAUACUCAACCACAUACUGGCCAGGCACCGGGCCCUGCAGCUCAUUCAUAGCGACCGAAACGACCACGACCCUAGUCUAUCGCUCUCCAUCACCCACCCCAAGUUGCUCGCUAAAUACCCAAGACUGCAUCCCCAUCUGGCAAACCUACACCAGUCUCCAGGCAGCCUAUUACAGCUCCAUCACAACCGCAAUCCCAGGCGACACCAACAGUCCCAUCCGCCCGGGAAGCUGCCCAUCCACCAAACGGAACUACACCGAGCAGGACCCCUGCACCAACUGUCACUUCCUCCCCGGCACCGCAACGCUCUUCUACUGGCCCGUAACCACCACCAACGGCGACCUCUGUCUGCAGAACGGAAGCACCGUCCCCGCCACCCAGACAGGCGAGGGCCCCAACACAGCCAUCGUAAACGGAAACACCUUCGUCUCACCCAGCAUCUACGUCUCCUUCACGAGCAUCUACGCCCGUAGCAACCAACGCGCCCACCCCGGCGGCUCCUGUGGCGGCGAAUACGAAGACGUGAUUAUCUCCGUCGACCCCAAGGCUGUAUCCUCCUAUCGCAGCCACGUCAACGCCAAAUACCCGACUAUCGGGACCGCAUACCCCUUCGAGUACGAUGAGUUCCAGCCCCACGAGGUCGGGAACUACACCAUGCCGCUGAUACCCUGGGAGAAGUACCAGGGCGCCUCGCAGUGUCCGUUCCGCGGUGGGAACAAGUGCACCAUGAUUCGCGAUGAUUAUAUGCCCUGGAUGGGCAUUCCGGAGGGUGUGAUGACGCAGAUUGAUCCGCGAUGGACGGAGUGUGAUCGUGAAUGGUAUAUUCCGCCUGUGAGCAUGGUGCCUCUCGUUGGUAACCUGGAGUCGCUGCCUACUGGGGUCGCGGAGGCGAGGGUUCCCACGCCUACCCCGGCGGUUCCUGAGUCGGGGGUUGUUGCGCCUACGCCGGAGGCUACUCUGUUGUAGGUUUGUUGGCUGUCGAACGAUGUAGAUAGCGUUCCCGUAGGUUAUGCAUCGUCCCUAAUAUAGGACUCUCCUGAACAAUACAGCAUAAUCAUCAAAAGAAUGCCAAUAUAUUAAAUAUGAA